AAUACAAUAAUAUAUAAACAGCAGCAUUUCAUUUGGGAAUCAUUUGCCAUAUCUUUAUAUAUUCCUUUCCAUCUGGUAAUAGUUAAGAAACGCUAAUGUCGGGCAUUCCUUUAUUUAAUAUACCCAAUACUAAGCGCCCUGCCAAUAGUAAAAUCUUGCCUAAUCUACAUAUCCCCCUUCAGGAGCCAGCACCAACAAAUGUGAAUCAGUAUAAUUCCCACCAUAUACACCAACUGGUUCACACGCAAUAUCACCUGCAGCAGCCACAGCUCCAUCUUCAACCUAUUCCCCUGCAUUAUUCCAAUUCCUCGUCAUCUUUAUCGUCAAAUACCCCCACCAAUUCUCAAUCGUCAGUGACUUCAUUGAGAAGAAAGCCCCCACCUCCUAUAGAUACCAAUGGAAAUGCAGACAAAAAUGCUAUGGUGAUUGACCAGCAAGAAGGUGAUCUCGGGCAACAUGAUGGCAAUCAAGAAGAAGAUACACUCUUGCAGAAACAUCAUUUGGAACAGUUAACACCAUAUGAUUGGCACUUGUUUGCAAAUGCCAAUCAAAUUAUUGAAAUUAAUAAAUUGGGCGAGGGAAAUGGAGGAUCAGUCACCAAGUGUCGAAUUAAUCAAAUACCCAACCAAAUAUUUGCACUCAAAUUAAUAAUAACUGAUCCCAACCCCGACAUUCAAAAACAAAUAUAUCGAGAAUUGGAAAUUGCUAGAAAAUGCCAACAUCCCAAUAUUGUGACAUAUUAUGGAACGUUUAUACUUGAAAAACAAAGCAUGAUUGGUAUAACCAUGGAAUAUAUGGAUGGCCAAUCUCUUGAUUCAAUAUAUAAAGAAGUAUUGAAACGCGAUUGCACAAAUAGAAUCAACGAAAAAGUAUUGCGAAAAAUAGCCAAUGGGGUUUUAUCAGGGUUGGACUAUCUUCACCUGAAGAGUAUUAUUCACCGAGAUAUAAAACCAUCUAAUAUUCUUUUGGAUACUCAAGGUAAUGUCAAACUUUGCGACUUUGGUGUUAGUGGAAUAGCAGUUAAUUCGUUGGCAUCUACAUUUGUGGGAACUCAAUAUUAUAUGGCACCAGAAAGAAUCACCGGUGGAUCCUAUUCUAUAACUAGUGAUAUAUGGUCAUUAGGAAUGUCAUUGCUAGAAGUUGCCAAUGGGAAAUUUCCAAUAGAUUUAGAAUUAUAUGGCCCUAUAGAGGUUGUUGACAUGAUUCUGAAGUCAGAAUUAGAAUUACACGAUCUGCCUGAUGAAAAUAUUUAUUGGACUCAAGAAUUUAAACUAUUUAUUGCAAAGUGUCUAAUUAAGGAUCCAGCAAAAAGACCAAUUCCAAGACAGCUAUUGCGUGACGAUGAAUGGUGUUUGGCUCAGCAAAAGGAAAUGGUUAAAAUGGACAAGUUUGUUAAAGUUGUUUGGCAAUUGAACCAUUAAAUAGUGUAUAUACACCCUUGCCUGAUUACUCUAAUUUUAUAGAUAUUAGCUAUUAGUUGCAAAAUUGUAUCACGUGGAUGACAUCACAUGAUGAUUUUUUCACCCAAUAAAAUUUGGGUAAAAUUUUUUUACCAAUCCUCAUAGUGUGAAUGUACAGAAAAAAACAGCAACAAGUUAGCCAUUAUAUAGUUAACAGGAAAGAGCUAUAUACCUACCAAUAUACAAAUAUGCCAGUUCCAUUUGAAGGUUUAAUGCCAUAUGCCAUUAUGGCUGCAUUCUUUGGUCUUGCAGGUCAUGGUGUCCAAUUCAUUAGAUAUUGGGACAACGGUUGGAAGAAUGACAGAUGGAAUUUAGAUGCAUGGGACAAAAGAAUGAUGAAGCGUGAUUUCUUAUUGACAGGAAUUAAACGUGGUCAAUCACAAGAGCCAGUCGCCCCUGAACAUUUCAAGACCGCCGACACUAUCGAACAACAAUACUACUCUGCCAACAGAGGACAAUCUUUCGUACUCAGAGACAGAUUAUGGAGAGGUUACGUUUUUGGUGAUUGGGAUUGGUCGUAAGCUUCUUAGCAUAGCAAUAGCAUUUGAUUGGUGGCACUUGUCAUCAUUCUGGGAGUUUGAAUUGGAGUGGUAUUC